AUGGAUGAUUACAUCGUCGCGUUGGAUGGAGGAGGUGACUGUGUCCAAAAGUCAGCCGACAAACGUUGCCUCGGAUUUGACCGCAACAUAGAGUAUACUAGCAACGACAACGAUAUCCUUAAACUUGGGCAGUUCAGCUAUGACUUUGAUAACAUCCUGAUGAUCUGGAAGAUCAGGUCUACGUGGAGAAUAUGCCUAACGUCGACGAUGUCGCAAACGUGGAGCCGGUUAGAGUCUUAG